AUGUCUGCUUCCGAAAGUGCUGUUAAUCAGCCUACCAGCGAUGAUUCCGCCCCGUCUCGCACCGAACUCGACAUAUCGAAGCUGCAUGCUCUCCCCUCCGAGCAGCAGGACCUCUACCUCCUUACCUUCACCUCAGACCUUGUCCAGUAUACUGUGACUCUAGACAAGGAGACACUAUGCGCGCAGCAGAACUUUAUAAAGCAAGAACUAUUUAAAAUCCUUCGGCUCGUCUCUCCGGUGCCAACUCGGGUAAUUCGAAAUGGCAUAGGCCGCUGUUUCAGCGCUGUGUUUUCAAAAGGGAAUAGGGCCAGUCUUUUUGAUACCGUUACGGAAUUGAUAGGGAUUCUUAAUGCCGGAAAGAAUGAGGUUGAUUUGAAAACGAAGUUCGCGGCCGCCGUGGCUUUGGGGGAUAUAUUCGCUGCUGCAGGCGACGGCGCUGUUGGUCAAUCAAGUGCCACCUGUUCAGCAAUACUUAAGCUUCUGAAGCUGGCGCAGAACAAUGCCGGGCUACGAUAUUGCAUUUUUGUCUCGGUGCGGAAGGUUAUAGUUGGGGUUGGCGCGCCAAUUGACGAAGUUACGGCUCGCGAUAUAUGGAAACAUGCUCGAAAUGCUGCGGUUAAUGACAAGGCGCAUAAUGUCCAGGCGGGGUCAUGCUCAUGCCUUCAGGAGCUAGUCAAGUCUACUCCGUACUUCAGGAACACCAAUGAUUACGAGUAUUUGAAAACUACUUUAUGGAAAGUUAUGGAUAGCCCGGUUGCUUCAGUGAGGCAUGGGGCAGCAGGUUGUCUCGCAGCUUUCUUAGUGAGAGCUCAUUCUGCCGUUCCUCUCUUGAACUCAAAGCCUGCCGCCCUCCGGCCGAAGAAACAGCUCAAAAGACAGCCCACUGAUCCCGUGGAUGGCGAUAUUAUGGAAAGAACUCAGUCUCCAUCAGGCCGCAAGACCGACAAUUCACUGUCAUUCAAGAUGGGUGACCUGCUAUCACAGCUUUCGGCCCACUACUGUAAACCAUCAACGGGAAACCGGGCUAGGGCUGCCAUUGCAGUGUGCUACGAACUUUUACUUAAAGAUUUCGGUGGGAAGGUGGUCGAGGAUUAUUAUACCCAGAUUGCUGAUCACUUGCUUAGCACUCUUCUAAACCAUCCAACUGUGACCUAUAGCCGGUACCGCCUUCUUUUGACCCGGAAGUUUGUCAAGCAUAUUUUGGAAGAUGUAUUAGGACGUGAAAUGCUACGUGAAAGCAGUCAAUUGAACGCAGCUAAAUGGAUUUCCAAUGAUAUCCUCAAGGAUUAUCCCCAAGUGGUCCAAGAACGCCGAGAGCCGAGCAAAUAUACCCUCAUAAGUGCGCUCAGCGCACUAUCUUCGCUUAUUGAAUCUCUUGGAUCCGCCGCGGCGACAAUCGCAGACUCCUGCCGCGAAGCUUUACUUCAAGUUCUGCAGCACCCGAGUUUUAGUGUCCAGGUCCAUAUUUCCCAUUGCAUGCGCAAUUUCGUUGUAGCAUGUCCUCAGCAGCUACUUUCGUGUGUGACAGUGUGUAUGAAUAGCUUAACUAGAGAGUUAGGUCAGCUAUCAUCGAUUCGCAUGUCUGCCCCCCGCUGUCUAGGCUAUGCACAUGCGCUUUCCGCCAUGCUAAGCACAUCCCGGCUUCAGCCACUAUAUGGUUCCGUUGAUGUUUACGCACAGGUCCUAUCACAAGCUACUGACCUUCUUAAGACAAGUGGUGAUUCGGAGCUUCGAGUUGCUAGCACACAAAUUCAAGUGGCCUGGAUUCUAAUUGGAGGUCUGAUGCCCUUGGGCCCCAAUUUCACGAAAAUACACCUCUCACAGCUACUAUUGCUGUGGAAAAAUGCUUUGUCGCCCCUAGCAAAAGAGACGCUUGUUAAGCGUGGCCCUUUGGAAAUGAGCUUCCUAGCCCAUGUCAAGGAAUGUGCUCUAAGUUCUAUCCUCGUCUUCUUGGAAUAUAAUAGUAAACUUAUUACCUUGGAUGGAUCAAAGAGGAUCGCUACAAUGCUGCAGAGCACUCUUUAUUUUUUGGAACACCUUCCUAAACUAAAGUCCGUCGAAGAUAUCUCUCAACGUCUAUCCCCGUCGCUACAACUAGCAGACUAUGCAACCCUGGUCCGUCGGCGAGUAUUACAAUGCUUCACAAAAUUAGUCAACUUGAGCCAUCUCAACCCUAUGGAUAACCUACCACUCUCUGGAAUACUCGGUCUAGCCAUCUCUUGUUUCGCGGAUCCGGAUGUCACUUCUGCAAACCCCUUAGAAACAUCCAUUGCUGCAUCAACGGCCAAUUUUGAUACCUUAUGGGACCUUGACGACAAUUUUGGGUUCGGAGUUACAGGUCUUGUCCGAAAUUUUAUGCCAGGGCAACCAAAAUCUGGCCCUUUCAUUAAUACUAGCGUGACUGAAGCAACAAGCCACCCAAUUGACGCUUCUUUGGCUACACCAAUGUGCCAUGCAAGGGAACAUGAUCCAAUUCUUUUAUACUUCGCCAAAAACGUCAAUUCUCACUACCUCCCUGAUCCGCCCCCAACCGAAGUCGUUAAUUCAGCAAUCGAGCUGUUUUCGGUCACCCUUCCACUACAGAAUCCAAAGGUCCAGGAGAGCAGUGUUGAGCAAAUUGCAACCAUGCUCUCAUCUCAUAGUCUGAAUCGAAACCCAGGCAGAAAGGCCGCUAUGACCGCAAACAUUGCGAUUGCACUUUUAUACACGCUUCGAGUUGCCGUAAAUGAGACCCCGUGCCUUCCUGGGAACUUGAAGCAUGUUGCUGUUGAGAAGAUUUUUCAGGAGCUUAUACAGAAUUUUAUAACCAACCCCGAUUACAUUAUUCGGAUUAUUGGAUUUGAGGGUCUUGGCCGUCUAUGCAAUAACUCUGGUAAUGCCUAUACAAACUCGGAAAUAAAUAGACUUGUUGAUGUCAUCGUCGAAAAUCGUGAUCCGCAUGCCCGUGCCGGGUGUGCAACUGCCUUAGGAUCUAUACAUGCUCAAGUCGGGGGAAUGGCAGCCGGCUUCCACCUGAAAACUAUUGUGGGUGUCCUUAUGUCGUUAUGCAAUGACCCGCACCCCGUUGUGCACUUUUGGGCCCUGGAAGGGCUUGCCCGUGUUAUAGACUCUGCGGGUUUGACGUUCUCGGCCUACGUAUCGGGUGCUUUUGGAAUGCUAGCACGGCUAUAUGUUGCAGAUACCCAUAACCACGAGGCUCCAACCGUCGGUACUUCAAAUUUUGAAGCCGAGUUUUCGACUCCAUUGGCAAUUGGCCGGUGUGUGGAUGCACUUGUCAACGUGGUUGGACCUGACCUUAGGGAUGUUACGAAAACGAGGGACCUAGUAUUCACUAUUGUCAAGGAGUUUCAACUAGAACGUGACGCCCCCUUAAUAGAUGUCAGUUCUCAGUGUCUCGACCAUUUGUCACUCUAUGCACCACAGUAUAUGGAUUUCUCGGGUUAUGUCCAAUGGCUGCAAAAGGAACUAGCCUCUACGGAUAAACAAGUGCAGCAAGCUGCGGUUUAUGGGUUAAGCAAUCUUAUGAAGCGGGAUGCCGACCGAGUCAUUCAAACUGCAUCGCCAACUUUCGAGGAUGAGUUAUGGAUAGCAAUUGAUAAUGCUCCGGAAAAUAAACUUCUCAGGGAUAUUAUUCGAAAUUGGCUUCAGCAGACAGGAUUAAAGAAUACUAAAGCCUGGGUCGAACGUUGCCAAAAGGUCCUCACGAAAACUCGCGCUAACCGCGAUGACAUGCUCUCCCCGCCUCCAGUCACUGCUACGCCUGCUGGAGGUCCUGAUCUCCCAGACGAUGAGGUCGCCGGAUUCGCAGCCGCAGUUGCUGGUGAAAACCGAGAGACUAAUGAUACAUCCGCGGGUGGACAAGAACUACUUAAAUGGCAGACGCGAAAUUUUGUUAUUGGGUGUCUCAGUGAGCUUCUAACGAUGGUCCAGGCCGAAAUAUUGCCGGAUCAAACUAUUCCGGCAGAGGCUGCAUUGCAAGAAAGAGUUGGUGACAUUGUUAGGAUGGCGUUUUCUGCCUCGACAGCGAAUGUCAUAGAUCUACGUAUCUGGGGACUGAAAAUUUUAGACCAGGUUUUGAAACUGUUUGGACGAACACCUGACCCUGAUUUUGCCGAAGCAUCACUCCUUGAACAAUACCAAGCCCAGAUUGCUUCUGCGUUAACUCCAGCAUUUGCUGCAGAUUCGUCUCCAGAACUUGUUUCCGAGGCAAUAAAUGUGUGUGCAACAUUCGUUGGAACGGGAAUCGUUACCAGCGUGGAACGAAUGGGUCGUAUUUUCAAACUUCUUGUCGUAGGACUUGAAAACUUUGCCAAUAAACCGGAUAUGACAGAAAUUGGAGAUCUCAAAGGACUCAAUUCUAACGCACGAGUUAUGGCGAAGCUAGCCUUGUAUUCUGCAUGGGCGCGGUUACAGAUUGCCAGCAGUGAACAGAACUACCUUGUGGCUAUCGUAUCCCCUUAUACCGCAAUGCUAACCCCAUUGUGGCUCUCUUCCCUUCAGGAGUUCGCACGCUUAAGAUUCGAACCCGAAAUAUCUAGUACAAUGGAUUCACUAAGGUUAUCUGACAGCCCUGAUGAUGUUUAUGCAGCACUCAAUCGGGAAAUCCUUCUGAAGUUUUAUCAAGAUUCUUGGUUAAAUUUUGUCGAUGCCAUCGCUAGUCUGGUAGAGAAAGACAGCGAUUUCGUCUUUGAUGCGUUGAACGGGAAACAGGAUCUUCAAAGAGCGGAAAGCCCCAAAGACGCAUCUCCUCAGAAUGGCGAGGGAAAAGCCAAAGGAAAUCAAAUUAAUUACCGUGAUGAACCAGUGGCCUUCUUCUUCGUCCUCUUCGGGCUAGCAUUUGAUGCUUUGGUUAGCCAGAGCAGCACUCCAUCCCAAACCCUCGAAAUCCUUCAAGCUUUGCAGAAAAUACUGCAUCCCUCUGUUGCCGGGAACGCAGUCUAUCAAGAUGCCGUGUUCUCCGAGACAAUCGACACGUUGAACAGAAUGGUGAUGACUGAAAAUCUAGCUAUCCAAUCGGUCAUUGUUCAGAUUGUUCGAAGCCUCUCUCUUCACCAUCCCUCGGCAACAAGAGACAGCGCCUCCACAGAGCAUCUGUCGGAUGAUAUUGAACAGCUGUUCGAACUUACCCGCAAUAUCAUACUAGUUAUUGCAGGCGUACUACCCAAUCUCGGGGAAUCAUCGCCUAAGUCUCGAUCAGACGUCUCAGAAGAGUCAAUAUCUCUCAUUCAACAUUCCCUCUCCUCCCUAGUGGAUAUUACAUCGGUAUUCCCGGCUAUCAUCCGAGAUGACCUUCACACGUGUAUAGUGCACAUAUUUACCACAAUUUUUGCCACUGGUAGCUGCCAGGCGGAGAUUGUGCCUAAAGUCCUUCCCAUUUUCAAACGCUUCCUCCAAAGGUUAUGCCAAUCCCGCAGUCCUCAGACUAAAGAACCAACUGCCCAGGGCGAUGAGGCCAUGAGCGUUAGCCGGCAAGUUCGGGGCUGUUUAACCAGAUUCUUAGGCAUUUUAACUGUUGCACAACGCCGAGAAUCCGACACCUCUCUCCUCUGUGCCAAAAAUACCCUUCUUGGUAUAACAAUUCUCUUAAUAAGCACUAGCUCGAUUAUUCCACCUCAGGACCCGCUAAUCUCUCGAGCGAUGCAAGAAAUGCUUGAGUGUCUUCAGGAUCUGGGCCUUGGGAGCGUUGCAGCAGGCUGUGUUCGCUCCCUCCUUCUAAACCCUGGUCCACGGUCUGCAACGGAUGAUGUGAUAGCCCGUUUUCUCUUUCCCCGACUUCUGGCCUUUGUGACGCAGACGCCGAUGGGAAGUGACAACGAACCUCCAAUUGACCCUGAGAAUAUGAAAUCCAACGUUAUCCAAACUCUGGUUUCUUGCGUUGGCUCGUCAGCAAUUCCAGAGGCUGCCGUCCCCACCGCGAUGUCGUUAUUGAUCCCAGCUAUAUUAGCACGAGCUAAGUAUGAAGGUACCAUAGUUUACCAGGAGACAGCGACCAGGUUACUAGAGCUUGCAAAAGUGGAUCAGAUUUCUUUCAGGGGUUUCGCAGCCAAUAUGGAACCAGAGUCGAAAAGUCUUGUGGAAGAGGUUUUCAAGACAGUUGGGCCAAGAGAAGACACAAGCAAACGAAAUGAUCAUGGACAGGAAAGAAAUGCUCCAAGUAUCGCUUUGCGCAUGGAUUUCUAA